UCAACGCGUGUGGUCUGCAGUUGCGCCUGAAUCGAGAGCUCGCUCACAGCCAUUUCUUUCUUGCUGCGUGCACCCCGGCCAGAAAACACCACCAAAAAUGGCUCUACAUGUGCCGAAAGCUCCGGGCUUCGCCCAAAUGUUAAAGGAUGGCGCCAAGCAUUACUCCGGGCUAGAGGAGGCGAUCUACCGUAACAUUCAAGCGUGCAAAGAACUUGCACGGACCACACGGACAGCUUAUGGGCCAAAUGGCAUGAACAAAAUGGUCAUCAACCACCUGGAGAAGCUCUUCGUCACCAACGACGCGGCCACCAUCCUGAGGGAGCUGGAGGUCCAGCACCCGGCGGCCAAGAUGAUCGUCAUGGCGUCCCACAUGCAGGAGCAGGAGGUCGGGGACGGGACCAACUUCGUCCUGGUGUUUGCCGGGGCCCUGCUGGAGCUGGCCGAGGAGCUGCUGAGGAUGGGCCUGUCCGUGUCCGAGGUGAUCGAGGGGUACGAGAUGGCGUGCAAGAGAGCGCUGGCCGUCCUGCCCGAGUGCGUGUGCGCCUCAGCGGAGAACCUGUGCGACCUGGAGGAGGCCACCACCAUGAUCCGCCCCGCCGUCAUGAGCAAGCAGUACGGCAACGAGGACUUCCUGGCCAACCUCAUCGCCCAGGCCUGCGUUUCCAUCUGUCCGGAGACAGGAAAUUUCAACGUGGACAAUGUCAGAGUCUGUAAAAUCCCGGGUUGCGGGUUGACCUCCUCGUCGGUCCUGCAUGGAAUGGUGUUCAAGAAGGAGGCGGAAGGGGACGUCACCUCGGUCAAAGACGCCAAGAUAGCCGUGUUCUCCUGCCCCUUCGACUGCAUGGUGACCGAGACUAAGGGGACGGUGUUGAUAAAGAACGCCGAGGAGCUGCUGAGCUUCAGCAAGGGCGAGGAGGACAUGAUGGAGGCGCAGGUGAAGGCCAUCGCCGAGUCCGGUGCCAACGUGGUGGUGACCGGGGGAAAGGUGGCGGACAUGGCGCUGCACUACGCCAACAAGUACCAGCUGAUGGUGGUCCGGCUGAACUCCAAGUGGGACCUGAGAAGACUGUGUAAAACUGUGAGCGGCACUGCACUGCCCAGGCUGACGGCUCCGACACCCGAGGAGAUGGGUCGCUGCGACAGCGUCUUCCUGACGGAAGUGGGCGACACCCAGGUGGUGGUCUUCAAACACGAAAAAGAAGAUGGCGCCAUCUCCACUCUGGUUAUCCGCGGGUCCACAGACAACCUCAUGGACGACAUCGAGAGAGCCGUCGACGACGGCGUCAACACGUUCAAACUCCUCGUCAGGGACAAGCGGCUCCUGCCGGGCGCGGGGGCCACGGAGAUCGAGCUGGCCAAACAGAUCACGUCUUACGGAGAGUCUUGCCCGGGUCUGGAGCAGUACGCCAUCAAGAAGUUUGCCGAGGCCUUCGAGGCGGUGCCCCGCGCGCUGGCCGAGAACUCGGGCAUCAAGGGCAACGAGCUGAUCUCCAAACUCUACGCCUCGCACCACGAGGGGAACAAGAACAUGGGCUUCGACAUCGAGGCCGAGGGAGCAACUUUGAAGGACAUGGUGGAGGCCCGAAUUUUCGACCCCUAUCUGGUCAAACACUGGGGCAUCAAGCUGGCCACCAACGCCGCCGUCACCGUGCUCAGAGUCGACCAGAUCAUCAUGGCUAAGCCGGCAGGUGGACCCCGAGCCCCCAAACAGCAGGGCCACUGGGACAAGGACGGCUGGGAGGACGAGGCCGAUAAAUUCGACACCCAUUAUUAAUUUGAAAAGGGCGAAGAAAAGAUCAUUAUGGCUAAACCAGCUGGGGGACCGAAAGCUCCCCAAAACAAGCCAGGGUGGGACGACGAAGACUAAGACGGGCUCUCCUGGAUCCUCUCAACCACCUUAAUUUAAUGUCCAACUGCUUUUUUCUGUCUAGGAAUAACCAUGUGUUGUUAUACAGAUCCAAAAUGGCUGCUGUCAGUUUUUUUGUUUUUGUUUUGUUUUUUUUCCCUAAUAAAAGGCGCUUGAGCUGUCAAUCGUU